AUGUGCAGGGCAACAAUAAAAUUAGUUUUGUUGAUUAGUUUGACAGUACAUACGGUAAAUGCUACACUGAAGACUGGCGAUAAAUCCAGUUCAUUUGAAUCAAAUGAAGACCAACAAGAAACAAAUAGUACAAAAAAUCCUGAAAUAGUACAGACGUGUGGUCAAAAGCUGACUUGUACAGAAUCUCGAUACCGUACGCUAGAUGGCACUUGCAACAAUUUGGAGAACCCCUACUGGGGUGCGGCUAAAGAACCUUUCGCGGUACUAGUAGAGGAUGCUCGUCCAGAUAAGACAAUGUGCAGGACGACAAUAAAUUUAGUUUUAUUGAUUAGUUUGUCUGCACAUGCAGUAAAUGCUACACUGAAGACUGGCGAUAAGUCCAGUUCAUUCGAAUCAAAUGAAGACCAACAAGAAACAAAUAGUACAAAAAACCCUGAAAUAGUACAGACGUGUGGUCAAAAGCUGACUUGUACAGAAUCUCGAUACCGUACGCUAGAUGGCACUUGCAACAAUUUGGAGAACCCCUACUGGGGUGCGGCUAAAGAACCUUUCGCAGUACUAGUAGAGGAUGCUCGUCCAGAUAGUAUAAACAUUUCCGCACAGGGAAAUAUGUUACCUAAUCCAAGAGAAGUAUCACUUAAAAUUUUUCCACCAAGAAAUUUUACUGACCAAAAGUGGACACUCAACGCAAUGCAGUGGGGACAAAUCAUAGCUCAUGAUAUUUCUUUGACAGCCAGUACUUCUAUUAUUAACGUUCCAUCUCCAACAUGCUGUAACUUCGAAGGACAAUAUACAUCAGAGGCUAAUAGUAAUAAGUUCUGCGCUGCAAUACCCAUACCUAACAAAGAAAAUGGUUACUGUAAGGAUAAGAGAGAAUGUUUUGAUUUUGUCAGAACUGUAACUUCAAAUGAUACAGGUUGCACAGCCCCGGAUGCUCCUUCUUACCCGGCAGAAAUUGAUAAACUCAUUAGUGUAUACUAUUAUUACCAGAAGUAUUUCUGGUUAUCAUUAGUCAGGUUACUGUAUUAA